GUCGAUGAGCGGGUGUCAUGGCCGGUCAGGUGAAGACUCUGGUCGGUGCUAAAUGGUUAGCCGAAGCGCUGAAAAACAAGCGCGUGGGACCAAGUUUGCGGGUUCUGGACGCCUCGUGGUACUUACCGAAACUAAAACGGGAUGCGCGUGAGGAGUUCGCGCAGCGUCACAUCCCGGGCGCGUCGUUCUUCGACAUAGACGAGUGCUGCGACAGGUCGUCCCCGUAUGAUCACAUGCUGCCCGGGGAGGACGAGUUCGCCGACUACGUGGGAAAUCUGGGCGUCGGGAACGACACGCACGUGGUCGUGUACGACUGCAGCGACUUCGGCUCGUUCGCGGCGCCGCGCGUGUGGUGGAUGUUCCGCUUCUUCGGUCACCGGUCCGUGUCGGUGCUGAACGGCGGGAUGAAGAACUGGCUGCACGAGGGCCGCCCGGUCACAGACCUGCUCUCCGCACCGGAGCGCGCGCAGUUCAGGGCCGAGAGGAACGCGGCGUGGGUGAAAACGUACGAAGACGUCCUGCAGAACCUCACCAACCGGAAGUUCCAGCUGGUAGACGCGAGAGUGGAAGGACGCUUCCGGGGGCUCGAGCCUGAACCGCGAGAAGGCACGGAACCCGGUCACAUCCCGGGCAGCAUCAACAUGCCCUUCCCUUCUUUCAUGGAUUCUUCAGGACUGGAGCGUCCGGUGGAGGAGCUAAAGGAGAUGUUCCGAAAUGCAAGCGUCGACCUUCAGAAGCCCUUCUGGGUGACGUGUGGGUCGGGGGUCACGGCCUGCCACAUCGUGCUCGCAGCACACCUGUGUGGACACCCGGACGUGUACCUGUACGAUGGCUCGUGGUCCGAGUGGUUCUCCAGGGCGGCGCCGGAGCACGUCAUCUCUGAAGGGAAAGGAAAAAAGCAGUGAGAGACAAAACAAUGAAUAUUUCAGGUUGGGUUUUAGAUCAGAAAGGUGGAGCACAGAUGUGAAAAUGCACUCUAAAAUGUUCUAAUCAGUGCCUUAUGUAUUGCUUUCACCUAAUUAGCUAUUGGACCAUGUUUAUAAUCCACAGUAAUGACAGGAAGUGAACGCUUGUAUAGAAGAACAUAAAUGGUUAAACUUAGCAUUACAGAUUGUAAACGUGUGCACUACAUUUAUGUCCUUCUGUAAAAUCCAGUAAUAUACUGAAUGUAAUUAAAACGCUUAAGGACCCCCGUAUUUCACAAACUGAGUUCACUACAUACUGAAUGGUUUAAAAUACUACACCUGAGUAAACUGUAGCUUUGCUAAUGUGCUAAGAAUCUUCUGUUGUUAAAUUUGACUUUAAACAACAAGACAAAACCAUUUUCUUAGUAUCAUUUGUAUAAUACUAGCAGCAAUAAUAAUAAUAAUAAUAACUUUAAUUUGGUAACACAAACCUGUUCUUUUCCUGUGUUCAAGCAAAUAAAGAGAAAAAUUAUACAUA